GUGAUACCCACCUCAUAGAAUCUUCUGUCUUUUAAGAAUAUCCAUUCUCAGUAAUCCAAGCCCAUCUUCAACAUGUCUGACGUCGCUGAGACCAAGCCCGACCCCGCCACCAAGGCUCAAGAGGAGACCAAGCCCGAAGAAACCACCACCACCACCGAGCCAUCGAAGACGGAGGAGGUUAAGGAGGCCGCUGAGUCUGCUGCUGAAACAGUGAAGGAUGCGGCUACAAAGACAUCCGACAGCGUCUUCUCCAUGUUCGGUGGCGGCCCGAAAAAGGAGAAGAAGGAGGAGGAGGAUGUAGAUGAGCCCUCUGGUUCCUCCAAGGCUCAGAAGGCUGAGGAUGAAGAAGAGGCUCCCGAGUCUCCUGAUGUUCACUUUGAGCCCGUCAUCCGUCUCACCGAGACUGUCGAGGUCAAGACCAACGAGGAACUCGAGGAGCAGACCUUCAAGAUGCGCGCCAAGCUGUUCAGAUUCGACCGUGACAGCAAGGAGUGGAAGGAGCGUGGUACCGGCGACGUUAGAUUGCUCAAGCACAAGGAGAAUGGCAAGACUCGCCUGGUCAUGCGCCGAGACAAAACCCUCAAGGUCUGCGCCAAUCACUACAUUGUCCCCGACAUGAAGUUGAGCCCCAACGUCGGCAGCGACCGCAGCUGGGUUUGGAACGCUGCUGCCGAUGUCAGUGAGGGUGAGCCUGAGGCUCAGACAUUGGCCAUCCGGUUUGCAAACAGCGAGAAUGCCAACCUUUUCAAGGAGGCCUUUGACAAGGCCAGGGAGGAGAAUGAGAAGCUUUUCAAACAGUAGACUUUGUUCGCAGCGCUUUCAAGACUCACUACGAAUGUUCGGAGGCAUAUUCUUAACAACAUACUUGUACCUUUUUAUCACAGCGAGUUUGAUGAGAUCCUCAUUAACUCGAAAUUUCCCCUUUUCCCACACGAUUCCCAAUCUACAUUUCCCCUGAACUUCACUCUCACCACACUUAUGUACGCAUGAAUGAGGAAGCGGAACGAAGAUUCUGCUAAUGGUUCCUCAAUGAGCCAUUAUUGGCAUACCCCCGUGAUGUUAGGCAGCGCCGUCAACUGACGACAGUUGCGGUUGGUUGUGCCCAGCGAUUUGGCUGUAGAUAGACG